AAACAAACAGCUAGCUAAAGGACACCCCCUCUGCUGCUCCUCCCUCCUUUCUUGCUGGGCUCCACCACUUCAACUUCCCCAAAAUUCCAGAUCUGAAACUAAGCAAGUGAAAGGCGCGGACAUUCUUCUCUCCAACAACUUUGGCGUCUUGAGCUUAUGCGCUUUCAGCUAUGCACGAGGAAGAAGCUCAAAGUGACAACCACCCUGGACCUACUAGCUCUGAACCUGACCAGAGUGACAAAAAUGAUGCCUACACAGACAGGCGGGGAGUUGCACAGAAGUAUCUGGAGAGGAAGUAUGGUACAGUUCAGGAUUUUUAUCAGAAACACAAAACCACCCUUCGGUAUAUCCUCUGGGGCAUCUUAUUAGCAGUUUACCUGGCUAUGGUGAUCGCCGCGUGUGCCCUCAACUUUCACCGAGCCCUUCCUCUCUUCAUGAUCACCGUGGCUACCAUCUUCUUUGUGGUCUGGGAUCACUUUAUGGCCAAAUAUGAGCAUCGUGUCAAAGAACUCCUGUCUCCUGGCAGAAGGCUUCUGGACAGACAUUGGUCCUGGCUGAAGUGGGUGAUUUGGAGCUCUCUGAUCCUGGGAGUUGUUUUCUGGCUGAUCUUUGACACUGCCAAAUUGGGCCAACAGCAGCUGGUGUCCUUCGGUGGGCUCAUAGUGUACGUUAUCCUGCUAUUUCUAUUCUCCAAGCACCCAACCAAAGUUCGCUGGAGGCCUGUCUUUUGGGGAAUUGGGUUACAGUUUCUUCUUGGGCUCUUAAUACUACGGACCGGCCCUGGACUUAUGGCUUUUCAGUGGUUGGGCAACCAAGUUGAGAACUUCUUGGAGCACACUGAUGCUGGUGCUUCAUUUCUCUUUGGUGAGAACUACAAAGACCACUUCUUGGCAUUUAAGGUCCUGCCAAUGGUGGUUUUUUUUGGCGCCGUCAUGUCCAUGCUCUACUACCUCAGACUGAUGCAGUGGAUCAUUAGAAAGAUUGGAUGGCUCAUGCUGGUUACUAUGGGAUCAUCUCCUAUUGAGUCUGUAGUUGCUGCUGGCAAUAUAUUCGUCGGACUUACGGAGUCUGCACUGCUGGUCCGACCAUAUUUACCACACGUCACCAAGUCUGAGCUCCAUGCAAUCAUGACCGCUGGGUUCUCUACCAUGGCUGGAAGUGUCUUAGGCAUAUACAUUUCUUUUGGGAUUUCACCUGCCCACUUAUUAACUGCUUCAGUUAUGUCAGCGCCCGCGUCAUUGGCUGUGGCUAAACUCCUUCGACCUGAGACAGAAACACCUAAAAUAACCCUCAAGAAUGCCAUGAAAAUGGGAAUGAGUGAUUCAAGGAAUCUCCUAGAAGCCGCAUCACAUGGAGCAUCCGCAUCCAUCACCGUGGUAGCACACAUCGCUGUGAAUCUGAUUGCCUUCCUGGCCCUGUUGUCUUUUGUGAACGCAGCCCUGUCCUGGUUUGGAAACAUGUUUGACUACCCACAGCUGAGUUUCGAGAUAAUAUGCUCCUACAUCUUCAUGCCCUUUUCCUUGAUGAUGGGAGUGAACUGGCAAGACAGCUUUAUGGUUGCCAAACUCAUAGGUUAUAAGACCUUCUUCGGUGAAUUUGUGGCCUAUGAGUACCUCUCAAAAUUGGUGGAUUUAAGGAAAGGAUCUGGACCCAAAUUUGUGGAUGGUGUGCAGCAAUAUAUGUCAAUUCAUUCUGAGACAAUUGCCACUUACGCUCUCUGUGGCUUUUCCAAUAUCUGUUCCCUAGGAAUGGUGGUUGGCGCAUUCACAUCCAUAGCUCCUACCAGAAAGCGUGACAUCGCCUCAGAGGCAGGGAGAGCUCUGAUUGCGGGGACCAUCGCCUGCUUCAUAACUGCCUGCAUUGCAGGCAUCCUCUCCAGUACUCCUGUAGACAUCAACUGCCAUCACACAUUAGAGAACGCCUUCGCCUCCAGCUUAUCUCAAAACACAACUGAUGUGGUGUCCUGUUGUCAGAGCCUACUGAGCAGCACUGUUGCCGUGGGUCCUGGGGAGGUCAUUCCAGGAGGAAACCACAGCCUGUAUUUUUUGAAGAACUGCUGUGAAUUGUUGAAGCCAUCAACACUGAACUGCACUUGGAUCCCUGAUCAACUCUGAGUUCAGCCACUUCUCCAACAGAACUGGAUUGUCAAGAUCACUGGCUUCAGGCCACAAACUGGAAGAUCAGUGAUGCCAGAGCCUCAAAGGGAACCCCAGGCCACUCUCGGCUGAAUAGCACGUUGAUGAGCCUGCUCCCACACGCUACAUAAUGGUCCUUUCACUGUGCUGCAUUCUGAGAAAAUCACUUGGCUUUUCUAAGUCUCCAAUAAAAAAGAGUUACAUUAGCAUUUGACCCCACAGGGCUAUAGAGGAGGAACAUGAGUUAAAAGAAUACAAGAAAUGCAAAAAGAACACUUUGUAGUUUGAACACAGUGUAGGAAAGCCUGAUGCGCAUGCAAGGUGAGCUCUGAUCAUAACAGACUUGCAAGGUAUAGAAGCAUCCGUCAGCUGGAAACUUUGUCACUUAGGAGCUGUAAUAAAUUUUAUGCCAUUUAUGGGAAAGUUUGGCCAGUUCUUAAAAGCACUUGUGCAUAGCAAAGACCCUAAUUUUCAUCAGAGUUCACGCAUCAAAAUUCAACCUGUCCUUUCUGAGAGGGACAUCUCAAACAGCUGAGAAGUAUUUGCUCUCUUUGACCACCCAUUCCUCAAUGUCCGGCCAUAGAAAACACCUUAUCCAGAAAGUGAGGGUUUCUGCAUCUACUUAAACCAAACAGAAGGAAACUAUGCUUUGGGGAUUCAGGAAAGGUCCUGCUGUUGCUGUCUGACUUGUUUUCAUAGCAAUAGACUCCAAAGUCCUCAGACAAGCACAAUGUGGUCACAGAGGCUGCAGCUGGACCCUCAAGAAAGUUCUUUCUUAAAAGCUACUGAAGUAUUCAGAAAGAAUUCAAUCAACAUUCCCUCUAAAAUUCACAAGAGGUGAUCAUCUAGAUGACCUGAAGAUAAAGUGAAUUUCUUAAACGCUUUCUCCUCCCUCUUACCAGUAACAUGCUUGAGGGGAAUUUUAUUGCAGUUAUAGGUUUUUACAAGUGCCUCUGCUCAGGUGGAUGGCACAGACGCAGUCCAGACAUCAAUAGUGAGGAACAGGGCAGACCCAGAGAGCUUCCCCAGCAACUGGCCGGAGCCCGUGUGGGCCUCAGAGGAUAAGGCAGGGGUCCAGGUUCUGGAGGAGGCUCCCUGCGUUGGCCACUGCGACUGUACCAGGACAGGCGCUCAGAGGCAUUUUUGCCCCUCCCGUUCUCACAAUAGCUUUUAUAAGAUGCUUUACUGCAAAAGUAAUCAGUUAUAUUUGUUGUAUAAAUAUAUGCAUAAUCUUAAGAAAAUAAAAACUUUACCUAUAUCCCAGCACAAAAA